AUGGUCAAGACUUCCGUCCUCAACGAUGCGCUUAACGCCAUGAACAACGCCGAGAAGGCUGGCAAGCGCCAGGUCCUCAUCCGUCCUUCCUCCAAGGUCAUCGUCAAGUUCCUCACUGUCAUGCAGAAGCACGGCUACAUUGGCGAGUUCGAGGAGGUCGAUGACCACCGCUCCGGCAAGAUUGUCAUCCAGCUGAACGGCCGUCUCAACAAGUGUGGUGUCAUCAACCCCCGCUACCCCGUCCAGCUCCGUGACAUGGAGAAGUGGGCUACCCAGCUCCUUCCCUCCCGUCAGUUCGGUUACGUCGUCCUGACCACCUCCGCUGGUAUCAUGGACCACGAGGAGGCUCGCCGCAAGCACGUUGCUGGCAAGCUCCUCGGUUUCUUCUACUAG